AUGUCGAAAAGUAAUAAAAAUCAAAAAUCGAUAACAUCAUUUUUCAAAAGUCCUGCACAAUCAGCAACGAAUGAAUCAGCAGCGCCUAAAUCUAAAUCAUCACCAAUUACCGAAACAAAGGAAAUAAAAAACGAAAAUGAAAUUUCAAAAUUACCAUCAGCAUCGCCAUCACCAGGACCAGCACCGGCACCAGUACCAUCAGCCAAUCUAAUACUUUCACCAAAAAAACCAACAGUUGUUGUAUGUUCAUCAAAUCAAAUACCACCAACUUAUGAAACUGAAUGGAUUAAUUUAUCUGAUCGAUUUUUAUUAACAAAUCGUAAUUUUGAUGUUCAAUAUGCUCAUCUUUAUGCUGAACGUCUUGGAGCAAUGCGAAAAUUGGUUAUGAAAUCAGCUGAAAAUCGUUGGAAUUCAAAAAUUCCAAUUAAAAAAAUGAAUGAUCUUAUAUUAGAUGAAGAAUGUAUUCUUAUUGGAAUUUUAUUUAAACAAAUGAUUUUAAAACCAAGUAUUGUUAAACAAUUAGCAACUGAACAUGGAUUCAAUUUACAACCACCUCGUCAACGUUAUGUUGAUUCAACUGAUAAAUUAAUUCUUGAAGAAGAAUCACAAAGAAUUGUACUUGAUGGAAAUAUUGAUAUUAAUCAAUUUGUUACGGGUAUUGUCAUGGCAGUACAUGGUUAUGAAGAUGAUAAAGGUGUAUUUAUUGUUAAAGAUUAUUGUUUUAAAGAUCUUUCAAUUCCAAAACAAUUAUCACCAUUAAAAGAAGAUAAAUUUAUUUUAUUUGCAUCGGGUUUUCUUUUAUCGGAAACUUCAAUAAUAUUUAAUCAACUUGAAUAUCUUGUUAAUUCAUUAACUCAACCAACAAAUAUUCAAUCUGAACAAAUAAAAUUUAUUUUAAGUAAUAGUAUUCGAUUUAUUGUUGCUGGUAAUUUAAUUGAAAGUUCAACUCGUUUAAAAGAUUCAACAAAUCAAGCUAAAUAUUUAACACGAAAAAUGACAGCAAGUAGUGUUGAAGCAAUGCAUAGUAUUGAUGAGUUAUUUGAUAAAAUUGCUACAAUAACUGAUAUUGAUAUAAUGCCGGGUGUGAAUGAUCCAAGUUGUCAUAUGUUACCACAACAACCAUUACAUCCAUGUAUGUUUCCAUCAUCAAGUAAACGAAAAACAACACAUUGUCUUACAAAUCCAUAUGAUUUCCAAAUUGGUGAUAUUCGUUUUCUUGGAACAUCAGGACAAAAUUUAGAUGAUAUUGAUCUUCAAUCAACUAUUGAUAAUCGUGUUCAGAUACUUGAAAAUUGUCUUAAAUGGUGUGCUAUUGCACCAACAUGUCCUGAUACAUUAAGUUGUUAUCCAUAUGUUAAAAAUGAUCCAUUUAUAAUUAAUGAUACACCAAAUGUUUUCUUUGCAGGAAAUCAACCUAAAUUUGAAACUCGUGUCUUUCAAGGUUCAAAUGAUAUUCAAGUUCGUCUUCUCUGUAUUCCAUAUUUUGCUCAAUCGAAUUCAUGUAUUGCAUUGAAUUUACGUACACUUGAAUGUUGUGAAAUAUCAUUUCAAAAUGAAAUACCACAAAUAAUUCAAUGA